AUGUACAAUGGUCAAAUAAACCCUAUAGAGCAUGUGAGUCACUUCAACCAGAGAAUGGUUGUGCACUCCAAGAAUGAGGCCUUGUUGUGUAAGGUGUUCCCCUUCAGUUUAGGGCCCAUGGCCAUGAGGUGGUUUGAUAGCUUAGGAGUAAGUUCCAUUGAUUCCUUUAAGGAACUCACUCAGGCGUUUGGAUCUCGCCUUAUUACGUGCAGUAGGGUUCCUCGGCCCUUAAAUUUCUUGUUGUCCCUGUCCAUGAGAGAAGGGGAGACCCUGAAAACAUAUUCGGACAGAUAUUGGGAGAUGUUCAAUGAGAAAGAUGGUGACUUUGACAAUAUAGUCAUCAGAACUUUCAAGGUCGGCUUGCCUGCCGAGCAUGGCUUGAGGAGGUCUUUUACUAGAAAGCCUGCUACUAGUGUACGCCAACUCAUGAACCGGAUUAAUAAGUAUAAGAGGGUUGAAAAUGACCAACAAUAA